CUGGCCCCUCCCCCUCCCCAGGGAGGAGUUCAACAUCGGGGUCCUGCACGCCUUCGUCGACCUGCACGAGUUCACCGACCUCAACCUGGUGCAGGCGCUCAGGCAGUUCCUGUGGAGUUUUCGGCUGCCGGGCGAGGCUCAGAAGAUCGACCGGAUGAUGGAGGCGUUCGCUCAGCGCUACUGCCUCUGCAACCCCGGCGUCUUCACCUGCACAGACACGUGCUACGUGCUGUCCUUCGCUGUGAUCAUGCUCAACACCAGCCUGCACAACCCCAACGUGCGGGACAAGCCCUCGGCCGAGCGCUUCGUGGCCAUGAACCGCGGCAUCAACGACGGGGGGGACCUGCCCGAGGAGCUCCUCAGGAACCUCUACGAGAGCAUCCGCUCGGAGCCCUUCAAGAUCCCCGAGGACGACGGCAACGACCUCACCCACACCUUCUUCAACCCCGACAGGGAGGGCUGGCUGCUCAAACUGGGUACACUGGGAACACUGGGAGGGACUGGGACACACCCACAGCCAGCCACGCCCACCCAAAAUCCACCCAACCCCACCCAAAUUCACCCAAACCAUCCCCAACCCAACCAAACCCAACCAAACCAACACAAAUCCAUUCAUACCCAACCCCCCACACCUUCUUCAACCCCGACAGGGAGGGCUGGCUGCUCAAACUGGGUACACUGGGAACACUGGGAGGGACUGGGACACACCCACAGCCAGCCACGCCCACCUAAACCCCGCCCAACCCCACCCAAAUUCACCCAAACUCACCCAAAUUCACCCCAAAUCAACCCCAACCCAACCCCCCACACCUUCUUCAACCCCGACAGGGAGGGCUGGCUGCUCAAACUGGGUACACUGGGAACACUGGGAGGGGCUGGGACACACCCACCCCACUGACACCCCCCAAAACCCCACCCAAAUUCACCCAA